CAACCAACAACCUCCUCAUCAAUCAUCACAUUCACAUAAACAUGCUGUGCGCAAUCUCAGGAGAGGCACCACAAGUGCCCGUCGUCUCGCCCAAGAGCGGCAGUGUGUUCGAGAAGCGACUCAUCGAGGCGUACAUUGCGGAGAACGGCAAGGACCCCGUCAAUGGGGAGGAGCUUGCCGCAGACGAACUCAUCGAAGUCAAGUCCCAGCGCGUUGUCCGGCCUAGACCCCCCACCCUCACCUCGAUCCCCUCAUUGCUCAGCGUCUUCCAAGAGGAGUGGGAUGCCCUGGCUCUUGAGACCUACACGCUACGACAGACUCUGGCACAGACCCGGCAGGAAUUGAGCGCGGCGCUCUACCAGCACGAUGCCGCCGUUCGGGUGAUUGCUCGGUUGACGAAAGAAAGGGACGAAGCCCGCGAUGCACUAUCUAAGGUUACUGUCAGUGCCAAGGGCGCUGGCGAGGCUAUGCAGGUGGAUUCGACUGGUCUGCCCGAAGCCGUCCUCGCUCGCGUGGAAAGUACACAGGCUGCGCUCUCCAAGACCCGUCGCAAGCGUCCCAUCCCCGAGGGCUGGGCUACGAGUGAAGCGAUCUCCGCCUUCAAGCCUACCCAAACCUCCGAGACUCUCCAGCCCGGCGCAAAGACGUUGUCUGUCAACUCGUCCGGUGAAUUGGCUAUCGUCGGCGGCGCAGACGGUACCGCCAGUGUGUACUCCGUAUCCCAGAAACAGGUGGUUCAAGCCCUGCCAGCGAGUGGACCCAUCACUAGUGCUGCAUGGGCUGGUGAGAAGGCUAUCAUUGCUUCCUCUACGGGCUCUGUCAAAGUCUUUGAGAAUGGAACCGAGAUUGCGAACUUCAGCUCUCACGCUGGAGCCGCCACGGCUGUGGCUGUACAUGCCACUGGCGACAUCGUUGCUUCCGUUGGCGCCGACAAGAGCUACGUGCUGUAUGACUUGACGACGAACUCUGUUAUCACCCAGAUCUUUAGCGAUGCUUCCCUCCUUUCCAUUCACUUCCACCCUGAUGGCCACCUCCUUGCUGCCGGUGGUCAGGAUGGCCAAAUCAAGAUUUUCGAUGUCAAGACCGGUGCUGCCGCCGCGAGCUUCGCCAUGCCCGCCCCUGUGAAGGGUCUCUUCUUCUCUGAGAACGGUACUUUCUUGGCUGCCGUGGCUGAGAACUCCACCACUGUGUCCAUUUGGGAUCUUCGCAACGGUCAGGAGAUCAAGGUGAUUGAGACAGGCAGCCAGGUUGAUUCCAUCAACUGGGACUACACCGGACAAUUCUUGCUCACGGCCGGACCCAGCGGGUUGACGGUGAACCAGUACUCCAAGGCGGCCAAAUCGUGGUCGGAGUCCCUGCGGAGCGCCGUACCCGCGGUGGCAGCGGUCUGGGGUUCUGCUGCUCAGAGCAUUGUGGCGCUGAACACUGAGGGAGGUGUGACUCAGCUUACCGCACAGUAAUUCUGUUUGAUACCUGGUGAAUUUGGAUCCAAAAUCAACAAUGAUUAUUCUGUAAUUCUAGCUGGCUGUGGUUUCAUUUGAUUAUUUGUGAAUGGCGUCUCUGCUUGGACUCUUUUUUUUUCGUGUUUUGCUUUUCCAUCCCACGAGCCAGACCAUGAACCGGAUCAUUUAAUUCCAAUGAACCAGAAUAAACAGAACAAAAUGAAUGUUGGUGGUGCC